CCGAUCUUGUCAACUCAACUACAUCCAUCCAUCUAUCCAUCCAGAUCAAUUUCUAUCCCACUCUCUCAUAGACUCCCUUGCUACAACUCCACCAUGUCUUUCUCCCGCCUUGCACGAGUCCUUCCCUCCUCCUCCUCUGGGAUUCCCCGCUAUCUCGGCCUCCGCACCAUGGCUACCGCCCCUCCCAAGAAGAGAGAAUGGCUGUGCAUUCUGCCUGAUAAGCCCAAUGUUCAAGACUUGCGCCUGAAAGUCCGCCCGACACACUUUGCCGAGCUCCCGCCCCUCAUCGAGGCGGGAAAGAUGGUCGUGGGUGGUGCUAUGGUGGAUGCGCACCCCGAGGAAGGCAAGCCCUUGUCCUUCAGGGGCAGUAUGAUUGUGGUGACGGGCGAGACGUUGGAGGAAGUGCAUCAGCUGAUCAGCAGUGAUAUCUAUGCGAAGAGUGGAGUGUGGGACCUGGAGAAGGCGCAAGUCAUUCCGUUUAUUUCGGCUGUGCGGGAGCCUCUGAACAAGGACUAGGAGUGACGCCCAAGCAGAUAAGGCUGAGAACGGAUCUUGUAGAGAUUGUAUGAAACAAAAAAAAUAGGUUCACUGGCGGAGUAAUCUUGGGUCUUUUGCAUCUCAAGCCCGUCGACAAUCGAGCCUCCAUCGGACGCAGCAUUGUGGAGAAGUCAAAGCGGAGUAGUCUCAUAGAUAGAUUGGAACAGCUAUAGGAAUCAUAUGUUC